AUGUGGUCCGCAGGCGGUGGGAAGGCGCGGGGCUGGGAGGCCUCGGCGGGAGGGAGAAGCAGCCCCGGCAGGCUCAGCCGCCGCCGAAUCAUGUCGAUGAGUCCAAAGCACACGACGCCGUUCUCAGUGUCUGACAUCUUGAGUCCCCUGGAGGAAAGCUACAAGAAAGUGGGCAUGGAGGGCGGCGGCCUCGGGGCUCCGCUGGCGGCUUACAGGCAGGGCCAGGCGGCACCGCCGGCCGCGGCCAUGCAGCAGCACGCCGUGGGACACCACGGCGCCGUCACCGCCGCCUACCACAUGACGGCGGCGGGGGUGCCCCAGCUCUCGCACUCCGCCGUGGGGGGCUACUGCAACGGCAACCUGGGCAACAUGAGCGAGCUGCCGCCGUACCAGGACACCAUGCGGAACAGCGCCUCGGGCCCGGCGUGGUACGGCGCCAACCCGGACCCGCGCUUCCCCGCCAUCUCCCGCUUCAUGGGCCCGGCGAGCGGCAUGAACAUGAGCGGCAUGGGCGGCCUGGGCUCGCUGGGGGACGUGAGCAAGAACAUGGCCCCGCUGCCCAGCGCCCCGCGCAGGAAGCGCCGGGUGCUCUUCUCGCAGGCGCAGGUGUACGAGCUGGAGCGGCGCUUCAAGCAGCAGAAGUACCUGUCGGCGCCCGAGCGCGAGCACCUGGCCAGCAUGAUCCACCUGACGCCCACGCAGGUCAAGAUCUGGUUCCAGAACCACCGCUACAAGAUGAAGCGGCAGGCCAAAGACAAGGCGGCCCAGCAGCAGCUGCAACAGGACAGCGGCGGCGGCGGCGGGGGUGCCGGAUGCCAGCAGCAGCAGCAGCAGGCGCAGCAGCAGUCGCCGCGUCGCGUGGCCGUGCCUGUCCUGGUGAAAGACGGCAAACCGUGCCAGGCGGGCGCUCCAGCACCGGGCGCCGGCGGCCUGCAAGGCCACGCGCAGCAACAGGCGCAGCAGCAGGCGCAGGCGGCGCAGGCGGCGGCCGCGGCCAUCUCCGUAGGCAGCGGCGGCCCCGGCCUGGGCGCACACCCGGGCCACCAGCCGGGCAGCGCGGGCCAGUCCCCGGACCUGGCGCACCACGCCGCCAGCCCCGCGGCACUGCAGGGCCAGGUGUCCAGCCUGUCCCACCUGAACUCCUCGGGCUCGGACUAUAGCACCAUGUCCUGCUCCACCUUGCUAUAUGGUCGGACCUGGUGA